GAACAAUGCUGAAAGUCGGAAGGCUGAUCAAGGACUCCCCAGUGCGAUGGGAUGCCGCUUACAAGGUGUUCAUGGGUGCGUGUGAGACGGCACGGCCCCGUUACUACGAAGAGUUUUUGGAGAACAACAUCCCAGUACCGACUCCGCAACAAGAGGGGGGCGACGUCCGUGUACUCAGUAUUGCGAGUGGAUCAGGAGAAGCGGACAGCGUUAUCCUGAAGAAGAUCAUGCAAAGCCGCAGCAGUGUGUACAACAGAGUCGUGGAACCGUCGAGAGAAAUGCUGCGAGACUUCAAGGCUAUGGUGCAACAAGACACGAGCCUCAGCGCCGUGAAGUUUGACUGGCGCCAACAGUCAGCGGAAGAGUACUUCUCUGACUCCGAUGGUACGAAGUUCGACCUUGCCCAUGCUGUACAAGCUCUGUAUUUUAUGGACGACCACCACGCCACCUUGCAGAACAUGUGGGAACAACUGGCUGAUGGUGGCCACCUGUUUGCAUUACUUGUGUCGGACGAAAGAGGCAUGGGGAAACUGUACCGUGAAGUAUGGAAGUGGUUUCCACAUGGAAACGAUCGUCUGACAACGUGUCUUCGCACUUCUAGUGACGUCACGCGGUCUCUCGAAUCCAGCGGCAUCAGUUACGUCAUCGCUGAGGACGAGCAUGACAUCAACCUUGCUGAGUGUUACAAGGAGGAUUCGGAGGCGGGAAGACUGCUUCUCGACUUCAUGACGCAAACGUCGAACGUCUAUGCUCACCCCAAGAUGAGGUCGGCAGUCUUGGAGUAUUUUCUGCGCCAUUCGUCAUCGGUGGAUGGCUAA